UCAAAAACGGAAAGAAGCUUAAAACACCAUAUUACAACCUUUGUAUAUUGCAGUUCCUGUCUCUUCUAAUAGUCACAAAACUUACUUCCGGAGCAAGUACCAGCUACAGAGAACAUUUUUUCACCAUCUCACGGAGAAAUGAACUGUAAGGGUUGCUACCAACACUGGAUAAGUCACUGAGGUGAGAUUAUUCCAUCAGUGCAGGUGGACAGUUUCUGCAGGUAGCACAUACCCGAUGUGCUCACUGUUUCAAGUCCUUUUCCAAGAACCAAAGGGAAGAAUUACUCACUAGUGACCCUCUUCUGAAAGCCCCGGGAUCCCCUUUUGGUCUAAGCCUAGGACAACAUGAGAGAAAAUGAGCCACGGCAUCCACUCUUCCUGGAAGGACCGACAGAUGAUAAAGGCAGCCAGACAGAGUAUCAAAUAUCAGAGGACACUUCACUCCAAGAAUUCAGCCUUGGAGUCUGGCCUUGCAGAUCAGAAGCAAGUGACACUGGAGCACAUCAACUAAAAUGCCAAAAGCAUUUGUUCAAAAUUUCCUAAGAGCUGCUAAUGCUUCAUGUCCUAUGAAGUGGGUUUUAUCAAGGUUCUUAAGUGUAGAUGGGAACCAUCUAUGGCUGAAAAUGUUGGCAAUUCUGAUAAGAGACAGGGGCUUCAAAGUACAGGACACUGGAAGAUGGUGAACAUCAAAAGACAAAGUCUUAUUGACCACUUAUAUACCACACACGUGCAAAUGCAUUAAUUGCCAGUUCUUACAACGAGGAGUGAUCAGCAUUGUAUGGAGAACGUGUCCAGAAGACUUCAGUAAAAAAUGCUUUACUACAUAUUAUUCUUUCUUGGCAUCAUCUCUCUGUGGUGGCAUUGGAGGGCAAGAAGGAGGAUGAAGGUUACAAAUCUUACCGGAAAAUACAUAUUCAUCACUGGAUGUGACACAGGAUUUGGAAAUAUGGCAGCAAAGGUUUUUGAUAAAAAGGGAUUCCGUGUUUUUGCCAGCUGUCUGACUGAAACAGGAGCCAAAGAGUUAAAAGCUGUGACCUCGAAGCAGCUUCAGAUAGUGCUGCUAGAUGUGAGAGAUUCAGACAGUAUUAAAAAAGUGGCUGCAAAGGUCAAAGCUGAAGUUCAGUCAGAAGAAACAUGGAAGAAGAUCUCACUAGAGGGAUGUUUUGUACAUCUAGUUAGUGGUCUUUGGGGACUUGUCAAUAAUGCUGGGAUUAUGGGGAUAUCAGCUCCUACAGACUGGCUGGAUAUUGAGCACUUUAGAGAACCAAUUGAAGUUAAUUUAAUUGGACUCAUAAAUGUUACAAUAAAUAUGCUUCCCUUGAUAAAAAAAGCAAAGGGAAGGAUAGUAAAUGUAUCCAGUGUUGGAGGUCGCCUAGCAUUCAGUGGUGGAGGCUAUUUUGCUUCAAAGUUUGGGGUAGAAGGAUUUAAUGACAGCUUAAGGAGAGAUAUGAAAGCUUUUGGAGUUAAGGUUUGUUGCAUUCAACCUGGACUGUUCAAAACAGCAUUAUCCAAUCCAACAAAAAUUAUGAAAGAGAAGGAGGUUAUUUGGAAUAAGCUUCCCCCUGAUAUUAAAAUGCAAUAUGGAGAGGACUAUUUUCAGAAAGAUGCAGCAAAGAAACAAAAGCUGUCCAAGAUGUGUCUUAAGGAGGACAUUUCACCGGUUGUUCAGUGCAUGGAGCAUGCCCUAACGAGCCUCCAUCCACAUGCCCAUUACAUUGUUGGGCAGGAUGCCAAGUUGUUUUGGAAUCCCCUCUCAAGAAUGCCAGCAAUCAUACAAGACUUCCUCCUGCUGCAGAACAGAGUAGAGCUUGCAGUUUCCCAUGCAAAGUAAAUAUUUGCCAAUAUAUAUCCCCCAUCACGGACAAGGCUGAUUCUAUAGGAUCUGUCCUUUAUAUUGGCAUGAUACAAACUAUGCAUGAAAUACACAUGCAUUCUUUAUAAAUGUAAGAGAUAUAUCUAUUCCUCCAAUAUCUGCUACUAGUAAAAAAAAAAUAUUUCAUUUUUAACAUGUAAACCAGAAAGAACAAAAGAACUAUUAAAACUUUCAGAAAUGA